GGCUCGGGGCCCGGCCGCCGCCGCCGCCCCCUCCAUGGCCGCCGCGCUCGCGGGCUGCAUUGUGGGAAGCUGACCUCACUCGCUGCUGCCGCCGCCCCGCCGGCUGCCGCUCGCCGCCAUGGGGGCCGUGACCGACGAUGAAGUUAUCCGCAAGCGGCUCCUGAUCGAUGGGGACGGGGCCGGCGACGACCGCCGGAUCAAUCUGUUGGUGAAGAGCUUCAUUAAGUGGUGUAACUCCGGAUCGCAAGAGGAAGGUUACACCCAGUACCAACGAAUGCUGAGUACUUUAUCACAGUGCGAAUUUUCCAUGGGAAAGACUCUUCUGGUGUACGACAUGAACCUGAGAGAAAUGGAAAAUUAUGAAAAAAUCUACAAGGAUAUAGAAAAUAGUAUAGCUGCCGCACAUGAGAAGAUUUCUGAAUGCAAAAAACAAAUCCUGCAAGCAAAAAGAAUUCGAAAAAAUCGCCAGGAAUAUGAUGCAUUGGCUAAAGUCAUACAACACCAUCCAGACAGACAUGAAACACUGAAGCAGCUGGAAGCUUUGGGAAAAGAACUUCAACAUCUUUCUCACAUUAAAGAAAAUGUUGAAGAUAAGUUGGAGCUGAGAAGAAAGCAGUUUCAUGUUCUCCUGAGUACCAUCCAUGAACUUCAGCAAACCCUGGAAAAUGAUGAAAAACUCUCAGAAGCUGAAGAAUCUCAAGAAACUCAAAUGGAAACAGAGAACAAACAGUAGAUGUAAUAUGAAGACUACUGAUUAUACUAUUGAAGAAUACCCAAGUGUCUUCAUUUUAUAAUGAAACCAACAACAAGAGAUGGAGCUGAUAAGUAGUUUUCUACUGGUUCUAUGAAUGUUUGUACAAAAAUACUUGUUUUGCUUGUGCUUCAGGGGAGAGCAGUUACAGAUCUGUGCCGACAGGCACUUUGUGUUAAUCCACAAACUUUGUAAUUUGUGACAAGAAAUACAUUUUGUUUUACAGAAGCUUCUGCACAAUACUUGUGAACUAAGGUGUUUGCAAAAACGUUGUCAAUAAAAGGCAUUUACAAUGAAUUUCCUUUUUUUAGUAGGCGUUGAGCCUAAUAGCAAGGGCUCCUUUUGGAUUUGACAUUGAACUGAGGGCAGUGCAUCUUUGUGCAAGUCCCAGCUGCCAUACCUUACUCCACAUGGGACCUAUAACUGAAUUACGUAGGUUCUUAAUUUUUCAAAGUACCUUCCAUUUUAGAACUUAGCUGUGAUUAGACUAGAAUUUGCUAGUUUUUGUAUAAAACAAAUUA